AUGGAAUCCAAGCCCAUCGUGCUGCAAAUCCGCCCUCGAGGCAAACCAAUCAAGGCACUGCCGGAGUCCGUCGACCUGGAAGCCAAUGCCACGACCGCCGACCUUUUUGCUGAGCUCGCACGCCGAACGGGUUAUUCGGUGUAUCAGCUGCGCUUGACAAAGGGCUCCGAUGGCAGCGUCCUCCCGAAUUCGAAAGAUGUCUCUAUCCAUAACACCGGCCUCCGUGAUCGGAGCACGAUCUAUGUCAAAGAUCUGGGGCCACAAGUCGCAUGGCGCACCGUUUUCGUCGUCGAAUACUUGGGUCCGCUAUUGAUUCACCCGUUGAUAUAUGCGUUACGGCCAUACAUCUAUCCCUCAGCCCCAAAAGAUGCAUCCCAACUUCAGACCUUAUUGUGCUGGCUGAUUUCGCUACAUUUUGUCAAGCGCGAAUUGGAGACAAUAUUUGUUCACCGGUUCUCGUCCGCUACAAUGCCACUCCGGAACAUUUUCAAGAACAGCUUCCAUUACUGGGUCUUGUCGGGAGUCAUGGUUGCAGCCUUCAUCUAUGCUCCGUCUUCUGCCACUGCACGAGAAGCCAAUCCCCUGCUCUUGUACCCUGGAUUAGUACUGUAUACGCUGGGUGAACUGGGGAACCUUCAGACACACCUGACUUUGCGAGGACUAAGAAGCUCUGGGGGAACAGAACGCGGCAUACCACAGGGUCCGUUGUUCAAUUUGGUCACUUGCCCCAACUAUCUGACGGAGACCAUCUCCUGGAUUGGAGUCUACUUGAUCAGUGGUCUCAGCUGGGGUGUCCUGAUAUUCCUGCUUGUUUCUGUGGCUCAAAUGGCCCAGUGGGCGAAAAAGAAAGAGCAAAGAUAUCGCAAGGAAUUCGGAGACAAGUACAAGAAGAAGCGAUAUACCAUGCUGCCAGGUAUAUGGUGA